AUUUAAAGGAACUAAUGUUAAACGAAAAUGAAACAUAUUGUUGGAAAAGUUGUUCUGCUUGGUUUUCAAGGUGUUGGAAAAACUGCUUUAGUUACACGAUAUGUUGAGAAUUCCUUUCACCGUCAGAUAGCUCCAACAGUUGGUGCAUCCUUUUUUACAUGUAAAGUAGAGGCUGAUGGCAACAUGGUAACUCUGCAGAUAUGGGACACAGCAGGACAAGAACGUUUUAAAGCAAUGGCCCCCAUGUUUUAUCGCAACGCAAAUGCUGCGUUACUCGUUUUCGACUUAACCUCACAAACUUCUUUUGAGAGUAUAAAGAUGUGGGUUCAAGAACUGAAAGGGAACGUAGAUGAGCCCAUGAUGUUAUGCAUGGUUGGAAAUAAAAUAGAUUUAAACGAUCAAAGAGAGGUAUCACGUGAACAAGCGUUAGCCUAUUCGCAAAGUAUCGAUGCCACAUAUUUAGAAUGUUCAGCAAAAACGGAUCAAGGUGUUGGUUUGAUUUUCCAAAAACUCGCUCAAGGUCUUUUACGAUUGCAAGGCCUUACUUCUACGCUCAAAGUAUACGACGACGAUAUUAUGGCAAACUCUAGUGAACUAGAGGCCACCGACACUGCCAACGAAGAGACUGUUAACGUCAGUAUAGGAAGUAUCGCCCAUGGAAAUACUGUCAAUUUUGGCAAGUGCUGUUAGUCUUAAGAAUAGUAUUUCUUUUCGUAUGCUUGUACAGAUAAAAAGAAUGUAAUGUGAUAUCGUGACAUUUAAAUGUAUUUCUACUUGCAAACAACUAGUUCAUAUUGGAAAAUUUUUAAAUAUGAAUUUAUAAAUGAAUAAACUAUUUUUGACACUGACGAUGACCAUGAACAAAAUUUUAACAUAUCAAUGUAGAUAUAAAUGUUUUUCAUAUUUAUACCGGAAAAUAUUGGAAUAUUUUGACAAGAUAUUUAUAAAUAUUAAAAAACAUAUUAAUGUUGUACAGCUUAAACUAAUCUUAAUUUUUUUUUUAUUUUAUCGGAGUUUGAAACAAACAUUUGGUGCAAAAUUAUCGUUAUUUGGUGCAAAGUUAAUGAAAAACGUAUUUAAUUGUUAAAAAGAUAAACACAUUGGUGUUGUAUGCCUUAUCUCAGAAACAUGGAUAAAUGCAAGAGGAAUAUAACGAAUAAUAUUCAAUAAGUAUUAAUAAAAACUAACACAAGUAAAAUUUUCAGUGUUUGUUUUUUUUUUUCGGUCUAGGACGUUUCGACGCGACCAUUUUGACGCAGCCGUUUCGACGCGGCCGUUUCGACGCGAGGACAUUUCGACACCGGCCGUUUCGACGCCAAGUGUAUUUUUUUUU